AUGACGAUCUUGGACGUCGGGUGCGGGCCAGGAACCAUUUCCGCGGACCUUGCCGCUCUGGUGCCUCAGGGGCGCGUAAUCUGCUUUGACGCCUCGGAAACGGCGCUUCAGGCCGCCCGGGAGGUCUUUGCCGAGCGGGGGCUGUCCAAUGCCGAGUUUGUGCGGGGCAACGUCGAGGAGAUACCCAUCCCUACGGGGUCAAUCGAUCUGGUACACGCGCACCAAGUCGUGAUUCACCUCAUUGACCCGCUCCGAUCAGUCAAGGAGAUGAGGAGGGUACUCAAAACAGCGCUGGCCGAAACCAUGAGGGCCACGGGCUCGGACCCGGACAUGGGAGCGAGACUCAAGGCGCUGGCCAUGAGGGCUGGCUUUGAACCCGACAAAGUAGUAUGCUCCGUCGGAAGCUGGUGCUUUACGACAGAGGAUGACGUGCGAUGGUGGGGCGAGAGUGUCGCGGACAGGAUGGCGGAGGAUUCGGAACUCAGGCAGCGGGUGGCCGAGGUAGGCGUGAUGCCGGCAGAAGAGAUGGAUGCUGGUGUGAGAGCGUGGAGAAAGUGGUCCACUUCCAAAGAGGCUUGGUUUGGUGUCAUGAAUGGUGAAAUAAUCUGCACAAAGUGA